AUGUCCUACUACGACGUUGACGCCAUUCUCACCGACGGGGAGAAAGUCCCCUGUCGCUUCGAGCUCGACGUGCCGUACCUCGGCCAUCUCGACAACUCCAACGGCCUCAAGCCCGGCUCCCGCCUCGCGCUCCCCCUCUGGCUCGCCGAAAUGUUCGCCCUCGCCUCCGCCGGCGAAGACUCCAAGCCGCCGCUGACCUUGACCCUGCCGCCCUGCCUGUCCGAGCAAGUCCAGGCCGCGCUCAAGGCCGACCCGCGAGCCGUGGCGCUGCGAGACCAGAGCGCGUACUUUUACGGCGUGGCGGUGCGCAUGCUGGAUCUGUUUGACGAGAGGGAGCUGAGCGCCAUUCUGCGGAGGACGUUUGUGGAGAGGGCGGCGGAUGUGGGAUUGCAUGCGCGAAAGGCGGAAGAGUCCGGGCUGGGAGGGCAGGGCGAGGAGUUCUUGCGAGGACUGGACGAGUGGGAGAGGCGGCUGUUUAGGAGAGGGCAUGAGGGGGUCAAGGGGGCGAAGGAAUGGACGGAUAACGUGAAGAGGUCAUGA